UCAGUGAGCCCCAAGGCAUGUCAUUCAUCGAGACCGCCAAUCUGGAUGGCGAGACAAACCUAAAAAUCCGUCAAGCAGUUCCCAGAACCGCCAGCAUACAAAACGCUACAGAACUAGGAGAAUUAACCGCCACUUUGGAAUGUGAACCACCAAACAGACUUUUGUACGAAUUCGCAGGCGUUCUUAAACCUCACGGAGAACAGGCUAUAGCUUUGGGUCCUGAUCAACUCCUACUUCGUGGAGCAAUGUUGAGGAACACAAGUUGGGCUUUCGGAGUAGUCGUCUAUACUGGUCACGAUACAAAGUUGAUGCAAAACUCGACAUCGGCUCCUUUGAAGAGAUCGACUGUUGAUAAAUUGACCAACACGCAGAUUUUGAUGUUGUUCUUUAUUUUGUGCGUACUUUGUUUGCUGUCGGCGAUUUUCAAUGAACUUUGGACCCAGAAAAGGGCGCAAAGCGACUGGUACAUCGGACUGACGAAUAUAACAACAGUCAACUUAGGUUACAACUUGUUGACCUUCAUCAUCUUGUACAACAAUCUCAUCCCCAUAUCUUUGCAAGUGACUUUAGAAGUAGUCAGAUUUAUGCAGGCGAUUUUUAUAAACAUGGACGUCCUAAUGUACCAUUCAGAGUCUGAUACACCAGCCAUGGCCAGGACUUCAAAUCUAAACGAGGAAUUGGGGAUGGUUAAAUACGUUUUCAGUGAUAAAACAGGAACGUUGACCAGGAAUGUUAUGAAGUUGUCUAAGUGUUCUAUUGGUGGAAUUAUUUAUUCUUGUCCUGAUUGCCCGGAAGGCAGCUUUAGAGAUAGUCCGGUUGAUGGACUUGAUAUUGAGGAUGCUCAGAAAAGCGAUCUGGUUCAGAAUUUACUCAACAAUCAUCCAACAGUCGACUUGCUUAAAGAAUUUAUGAGUUUGCUAUCGGUUUGCCAUACUGUGAUACCUGAAAAGAGCGAGGAUGGUAAAAUACAUUAUCAUGCAUCAUCACCAGAUGAAAGAGCUUUAGUAAGUGGUGCAAAGAAAUACGGCUACUCAUUUGAAACCCGGACACCACAUCACGUAGAAGUAAACGCUUUGGGUGAAAUUUUAAAAUUUGAGAUAUUGAAUGUUCUCGAAUUUACUUCAACCAGGAAAAGAAUGUCUGUUGUUGUUAGAACACCACAGGGCCAAAUUAAAUUAUAUUGUAAAGGAGCAGAUACUGUGAUAUAUGAAAGGUUAGCCAAAGAGGACACCAAAUAUCGAGAAGUAACUCUGAAACAUUUGGACGAAUUUGCUCGAGAAGGUCUGAGGACAUUGUGUUGUGCAGUUGCUGAUGUUAAUCAUGAAUUUUAUGAGGAAUGGAAACACAUAUAUCACAAAGCAGCUACCAGUUUACAAGAUCGUGAAUUGAAAAUCGAAGAAGCAGCUAAUCUCAUAGAAACUAAUUUGAAACUUCUAGGAGCCAGUGCUAUCGAAGACAAACUACAAGAAGGUGUACCAGAGACAAUAGCAGCCUUGAUCAAAGCAGACAUUGCUGUUUGGAUUUUAACAGGGGACAAACAAGAAACAGCCAUAAACAUCGGAUACUCUUGUCGUCUCAUUGUUCAUGGGAUGCCUUUGAUAGUCCUGAAUGAAGAUAGUUUAGAUAGUACUAGAGACACGAUAUCCAGACACAAUGCUGAUUUCGGGGAGCAGCUUGGUAAACAAAACGAGGUAGCCUUAGUCGUAGAUGGUAAAACUUUGAAGUACGCCUUGGCUUGUGAUCUCCGGAGGGACUUUGUGGAUCUUUGCACUUCUUGCAAGGUUGUUAUAUGCUGUAGGGUCUCACCGAUACAAAAGGCAGAGGUUGUCGAUCUAGUCACCCAGCACACUGGCAGUGUGACAUUGGCCAUAGGAGAUGGUGCCAACGAUGUGGCCAUGAUUCAAAAAGCUAAUGUUGGUGUUGGCAUAUCAGGAGUCGAAGGUCUUCAGGCUUCUUGUGCCUCUGAUUAUUCUAUAGCACAGUUUCGAUUUCUCCAAAGGCUGCUGCUGGUGCACGGAGCCUGGAAUUAUAGUCGAAUGUGCAAAUUAAUUUUAUACAGUUUCUACAAAAAUAUUUGUCUUUAUGUCAUCGAGUUGUGGUUUGCUAUUUAUUCUGGAUGGUCUGGUCAAAUUUUAUUUGAACGCUGGACUAUUGGUUUAUAUAAUGUAUUGUUUACGGCUAUGCCUCCUUUGGCAAUGGGUAUAUUUGAUAAAGUCUGCUCUGCCGACACCAUGAUAAAAUAUCCGGCCUUGUACAAACCGUCCCAGAGUGCCCAAUUAUUCAAUGUCCGAGUAUUCUGGGUGUGGAUCUUCAACGCCUUACUCCACUCCAUCUCAUUGUACUGGUUACCUCUGUUUAUCUGUGAUUAUCACGUCUUGUGGAAAAAUGGAAAGGAAGGUGGAUAUCUCGUCUUGGGAAAUAUGGUUUACACGUAUGUGGUUGUGACUGUUUGUUUAAAAGCUGGUUUAAUCUUCAACUCAUGGACCUGGCUGAGCCAUUGUUCCAUCUGGGGUUCGAUACUCUUAUGGUUCCUCUUCAUACUUAUUUACAGUAAUUUCUGGCCAAUAAUACCAGUGGGUGCAGUCAUGCAGGGCACCGACAGAAUGCUGUUUUCAACGCCUGUGUUCUGGUUAGGAUUGAUUCUGAUACCGGUUGCUACCAUGAUAUUAGAUGUCACAGUCAAAGUAAUUCGAAGUACAGCAUUCAAGACUCUAACUGAGCAAGUUCGAGAAUCAGAAAUCAAGAAAGCUGAUCCGAGUGAUGUCUUGCACAGAGUGGAGAAGCCAUCGAUGACCGAACGCGCCCGACUUUUGUCGAACGUCCGAACGUUGUUCAGCAAAAGGAGCGGCCCUAGGGUAAACAAUACGGACGUUGAGUUGGCCCAUGGCUUUGCGUUCUCCCAAGAGGAAGGUGGCGCCAUCACCCAGGCGGAGGUGAUACGAGCUUACGACACGAAUUUACCAAAACCGGAAGGAUUAUAAAAUUCGUCAGAUAUUCGUCAUAUUUAUCAUUGUUGUCGUUGUUAUUGAUAAUUGUUUAUUCGAUUAGUUUUUAUCUUUCGUGAUGGUGAGAGUUUAGUAGUCAACAAAAAAAAACGAACUGGUUAGAUCACACUUGGAGAAAAAUAAAAUGAAGCAAUGGUUCAUUUCUAAGAUACGGUUUUAAUUCGGCAUGUGCAUGAUUUUGUUUGGUCGAGAUGGUGCGUUUUUUUCGGUUUUGUAGAUGCAACUUUUUUUAGGAUUGAGAUAGACAAAUAUUGUCUUUGGCUGGUAGAAACUAGAUAAAAUUCUCUAUGAAACGGUAUAAUUGAAAUUUGGAUAAGAUAUAUUAGAAGAGUUCUACUAUAUACUUCAGUAGAUCAAUACUGAAAUCUUUCACUCAAUUGUUUUAAUUAAUAUGGUGAAUUUUUUUGGUUUUAUUGAUGUAAAUUUUUUGGGGAUUGAGAUAGAUAAAAUUUGUCUUCGGCGUGUAAAAACUAGAUAAAAUAUUCCUUAAAACAGAGUUGCUUAAAUUUUUUUAAGAUACUUUUGUAAAGUUCUAUUAAAUAUUUUAGAGAGCAGUACUGAAGUGUUUGGAUUUAAUUUGGUAUAAGUAGGAUUUUGUGCAUUCUAU